GUCAUACAAGAGGAAAUCUUGAAAUAUUUUUUGAUUUGAUUAAAAUAAUAACCUGUUGUCAUUCUUGCAACUGUGAAAUGGAGCGUUAGUUAACGAAAAAUUGCGGUUUGAAAAGUAGGAGGAAGUAGGUGGAUCGAAAUCUAAUUAUUUUUAUGAAAUUCAUGAAAAGGUGAAUUAACGAAAUGUUGAUAUCGGACGGCAUCAAUCAUGGGAAAUUACAGUCUAUAAUAGUGGGAGAGUUGAAAAAGGUGGGCUUAAAGCAUCGCCUGAAAAAGAUUAUUAUGAAAAAUGUCAAAGAUCAUAAAACAGUGUUCGGAGCGCCUCUAAUAAAAGUCCCGUCGUGCAGUGUCAUUUGUUGUGGAAGCACUCUGAGUAUUCCAGUUGUAGUGACUGAGAUGUCGUCGGUGUUGAGAGCCAAUGCUCAUAUCGAAGGUCUGUUCAGGAAGGCCGGAUCGCAAACACGACAAAAAGAUAUCAAGCGUUUACUAGAUGCUGGUGGUUGUGUAUCAGAAGGCCAUCAUCCCAUAGAUGUAGCUAGUGUUUUGAAACUCUACCUCCGCUGUUUGCCCGAGCCACUGAUCAGUGCAGAGGUGCAGGACUUGCUACUUAGGUGUAGAGUGACGGGCGGUGAAGAGGGACUGAAGGCUAUGUUUAACACCUUGUUGUUGUUACCAGUAUUACAUGUGCACCUUCUGCAUUAUAUCAUGGAGUUACUACAUUUCAUAGCAUCCAAACACAAAGACAAUCUGAUGGACUCGUCCAACCUCGCCAUAGUGCUGGCUCCCAGCGUCAUGCCGCUCCCGGCCGCCGCCUCCGCGCAGAGACUGGAGCACCAUGUAGCCUUAGUUAAGAUAUUUAUAGAAAACUCAAAGUAUAUAGGACUUUUAUCAGAAGAUCUCAUGACGAAACUAGACGACGAUUCUGAUGUCAGUCGCUCCAGACGGAAGAAGAGACGAAGUGGUUCUCUUAAUAGAAUGUUAAAUGGAUUACGCAAAAUGGUAUCGGGGAAUCCAAGCACACCCGCUCCCGUUCGAGAUAACGGCAAAACACCAGUCCUCAGCAAAUCUGCUGCUAAACGGAAGUUUAACUCUUACGAAGGACUUUCUGCGAAAACAAAGAAAGAAAUCACAAAAGGCCUUCCUCAGAAAGAACUGUCGUUUACGCCUAUGAAAAUGGGCGUUACUGAUCGGAAGCGGUUACGACUUAGUUUCGUAGAUGCCAGAAGUACAACAGUCACCAACUCAGACUUUAACUCUCAUAAAAACUCUGAAACCAGUAUUAGUAGUGAAGACCUGUUAACCUCCUCAGAAAACUUGUUUAGUGCACAUGACACUAUUGACUUAUCCUCAGACAUGAAAGAAGAAAAAGAUUAUGUUCGAAUUUCUAAACAGGAAUAUGAAGAAAUAAAAAGCAGGGUAUCGGCUAUAGAGAACCGACUCUCCAGAGAGUUUACUGACGUCAUACCUAGAGUUCAGCCUUUACAGCAGGUCCAAAAUGUUUACGAGCAAACGUUAGAAGAGGUGGCCAUGUUAAACUGUCAAGGUUCCGAGCAUUUAGCGCGUCGUCUUAGCAAAGAACUGAAGAUUAGACCAAAGGAAGAAGCCAAAAUCAUACGAUCGCCGAGCGCGAGAAAAAUAGGAUCCAUAAGAAGACGUUCGAAAGAAAAUUUGACCAAAAUAGUUAGGCACAAAUCUUGGAAUGCCAUGGAUAUGUUCUACCCUUAUGUUGGACUCACAAGGAGAGAGAGAACCAGCGUCGCUAAACCGAACAGAGAUGAUAGAGAUAGCACAGCAGACUGGGAUGUUUCAAUUUCAGAACAAUCGAUCAACGUAUCUGACUCUAGUCAAAAAUAUCAUCAACGCAAAAGAAUCAGUCUCGCACCGGAUUUCGGCUUAAACAAAACUAUCGGCAAAGUCCAGCCGCGUCGAUCGCUCAAUAUAACGACAAACAACUGGGAUGAGACGGGAUCUGAAAACUCGGCCAACAAUACCUUAGAUUCCAAUGAAAAGAUACGGAAAUCUGCACAGUUGAAGUGCUACCAAAAUAUACGCAAUAAUCCUAUAGGAAAAGAUAGUCCCGUAAAUUGUCAACAUAAGUGGAGGAACGCUGCAGCGUUCUUUAUGAACAAAACAGGUGAACUCGAAUCUAACGGUCAAACUGGAAGACCUUCCGUGAACAAACUACGCCGACAAAACGCUGGAGCAGUUCUAGCCAAAGCCAAACUCUUCGAAACCAGCUCCGACAAGUCGUCCGAAGCGAAGGAGAAGGCCGCGCAUGCCGGUUUCGCUAGGAAACCAAGAGUUACCAACCAAAACCAAAUCAAAUCACAGUCACAGAAAAUGUCAUUUCAUCCUAAAUCCAGGCUUCAAGCGUACGUGACUAAUGAUGGGCCACUAAAAACGAAUGGGCCACUGAAUACGAAAGAUUUGGGUCCUAAUGUGACGAGAUAUAAAGGCCCUGUUCAUCACAGUAAAGAAGGAAUCAAUCUCAGAGUAAACAGGAAAGUUACUCCAGUCAAAAAGGUAGUUUCCCCACAGUCGAAUGUUUUAAUGAAGACCCCUCAACCACCAGCUUUAAAGAAACCUUUAUGCACACCCAGAAGUUUGCGAACGCCCGCCUCUGGUAACGACCUCAAACGAACAAAUACUCCGAUGAGAGCCGUUCACAUUUCACCGAGGAGAUCGCCACGGCAAAAGAUACAGCGCACAUAUAACUGAAUUUACGCGUAAUAAUAAAUUAUUAUUUGAUAUUUAUACUUUUACCUAAUGUGACAAAAUAUAAAGGCCCUGUUCAUCACAGUAAUGAAAGGAGAGUAACUAGAAAAGUUAUUGCAGUCACGCGAUACUUUUAGCAUGGCGAUUGCUGCACGGAUGAAUCGAAUUGAGUAGGUACUAAUGUAUUACUUUGCAGAACUGAUACACAAAUCUCGCACUGGCCAACGAGGUCCCGCCCGGUUUCUCUCCGUCUGAUGGCCGAAGGCCGAAGCAUACGUUGCUUUUAUGCAAUGCGAAUAGAAUACGUGGCAGGCGCGCCAUAUAGGAUGAGACGGCGCUGGUCGGCGGGAGAGACCGCGGCUCAGCGCAAAAUUGCGAUGUGUCGAUGAAAUUGGAAUGAUGUCUAUGCCAAAAAUAAAUUAUUUCUUAGGAAUUAGGUAUUAAAUAGAGGGUCUUCCAAAAUUCGUAAAAUCCGAGUUUGCUAACCAUUUUUAACUAUCGAUUUAACUAAAAAAGUAUGUUAAAUUAUGACACAUAUUUAUGACGUCACAUCUGUGAAUCCACACCUCGCUGGUGGGUUACCACCUUUAACACUCGCAUUCGUAAAAUAUUCGCAUCUUUUGAGAUAAAUUCGAGUAGGUAUUCAUGCGGAUAAUUAUCAGAAUCUUUUACUCGUAUAAUAUCUUGCGAAUGCGAACGUUCGUAACUUACAUCUAUUGUAUAAUCUGCUUUGGCCCUAAAGUGGAUAAAAAUAAGGAUGAUGCCUACUAGUCAAAUCAGCAACUUUUUAUCAAACUUGUAUGGAGCUUGUAUGAAAUACACAGAUGUGACGUCAUAACUUUCUCUUCUUUUCGUCGCACUCCACCAUACAAUUGCAUGGCAAGCUAGCCAUUUAAAAUCGGCAAUUUAAAAUGGUUAGCUCACUUAAAAGUAAGUGGACGUGGAUUUUAGAAGACCCUCUAUUUAAUAAUUACUAAGAAAUAAUAUAUUUUUGAUAUGUAGGCAUUAUCCCAAUUGUCAAUGUAAAAUGUUAAGGCUUGACGUACUUAAACUUUGUAUAAUAUAGUAACCAAUUGAAAACUUGUGAUUAAAUCAAUUUUUGUAAAUAAAUGAAAAUCUGUUGAAAAAUA